GAUUACAGAAGACUUGACUUAAAUUAUUAUUCGGACUUGUUCAGAGUUGACGCCGGUUUAACUUUUAUAAAUAUUACUAAAAAAUGUUGAACUAACGUAUGAGAGUUACGUUUAUUUAAAAAAUGGGAACACAUGAAAUAGAUCCAGCCGAAAUGAAUACAUUCAGAAGUUUCGUCACAAUGCUGGGAGAUCCCGCUGCCAAGGAUGAAAUUAAACUUAAGGCUGCACAAGAAAUAAGUGAACAUUUUGAAGUUAUUGUGCAAACAGCUGCAUUUCCGUCAUUCUUGGAGCAUUCUUUAAAGAUAUUUGUGAAAAUAUUGCAGGAUGGAGAGCCACAGUUCAUAUCGGAAAAUACAGUCCAACAUAUUCGAAAGCUGAUACUUGAAAUGAUGCAUCGAUUACCAAUCAGUGAAAUCCUGCGGCCACAUGUAAAGCUAAUUAUUUCACUUAUGCUUAAACUUUUACUAGUUGACAACGAGGAAAAUGUCUUAGUGUGCUUAAGAGUCAUAAUAGAGCUGCAUAAAAACUUUAGGCCAACAUUUAACGACGAGAUAAGAGAGUUCCUGUCGUUUGUAAAAAAAGUUUACACAGACCUGCCAAUGCAUGUUCCAAAAAUAUUUGAAUCUGCACCGCAAAUAAGAGUGAAAGACUUAAAAGAACUUGAUUUCGAAAAGCUCUUAUUAGAAACCUAUGCUGCAAAAACUAUCUUCGUAGAAAAGUUGACUGAAACUGGUACUGUUGCGCAAGGGUACACGUUUCUACCUAAAGGCUUUAUGUCAUUGAGAGUAUUACAAGAACUACCUAUAAUAGUUGUUUUGAUUUAUCAAAUUUACAAAAACACAGUUCAUCAAGAAGUUGCUGAUUUUGUGCCCUUAAUAAUGACAACUAUAACAUUACAACCCUCACUAGUACAAAGAACCUCACCAGCUUUUAACAAAGAAAUUUUCGUCGAUUUUAUGGGUGCUCAAAUAAAAACCUUGUCGUUUUUAGCGUAUAUUGUUCGAAUAUUUCAGGAUUCGGUUGUUUCACAUGCCCCAUCUGUGGUUAAAGGAAUGCUUGGACUUAUGGAACUUUGUCCAAAAGAAGCUGCUAAUCUUAGAAAAGAGCUCCUUAUCGCUGCAAGACAUAUUUUUGCAACAGACUUGCGAUUAAAAUUUAUACCAUUUAUCGAUCGAAUGUUCGAUGAAGAUCUUCUUAUUGGAAAAGGAGUUACUUUAGACUCUAUUCGUCCACUUGCGUAUUCCACUUUAGCAGAUUUAGCUCACCAUGUGCGUGAAAAUCUUAGUCUUAAGGCCUUAGCAAAAGCUGCAAAUCUGUUUUCUAAAAAUGUACAUGACGAAUCUUUAGCUACUGGAAUUCAAACAAUGUCGUGCAAACUUCUUUUGAAUCUAGUAGAUUGUAUCAGACAACACAGUGAAUCUGAUCCUGUUAAGGCUAGAGAGUUGCUUAUCACAUUGUUGAAAGUUUUCACAUCAAAGUUUCAAAGUAUUGCUAAAAUACAAUUGCCUAUGAUUAUGCAGAAGUGGAAAACUAUUAAAGAUCAACAAACUCCAGCUAUAACAAGUGGUGCAGCGCCGUCUGAAGCAGCACCAGCAAAUGCCGAAACAAAAGAAGGAGUAACUUUGGAUGCAUCUCCAUUCGAUCAAGCUGCCAAAGCAAAUACGUUUGGCAUACCUGGGCCAAACAAUCUAAAUGUAGCCGAGUAUAGAAGUCUCGUCAAAACAUUAGUUGGGGGAGUCAAAACCAUAACUUGGGGUUGUGUUAGCUGCAAGCCUAUGCUUAUAGAGAACAAAUUAUUCUUACCCCAUGAGCUUAGUAUAUACAUAGAUUUGAUCUAUUGGGCUUUGGAAACAUUAGAUAUAUACACAGUUGUUCCAAAUAUACCGACAGGCUCAAACCAAAUGCCCAAACCUUCAGGUCAUAUACCUCGCACUAAAGAGGAGAAAGAAGUUCUUGAGCAUUUCAGUGGAAUUUUCUUAAUGAUGCAUUCUCAAAACUUCCAAGAAAUAUUUGCCACAACAAUUGAAUAUAUGGUUGAGAGAAUUUAUAAGAACUCCUCCAUCCAGGUGGUAGCCAAUUCUUUUUUGGCAAAUCCUUCUACAUCGCCUUUAUUUGCAACUGUAUUGGUGGAAUAUCUUUUGGAAAGGAUGGAAGAAAUGGGAUCCAAUGUUGAGCGAUCUAACUUAUACCUUCGACUAUUCAAACUUGUGUUUGGUAGUGUAAGUCUUUUUCCAAUUGAAAAUGAACAAAUGCUACGUCCACAUUUGCAUAACAUCGUUAAUCGGUCAAUGGAGCUCGCAAUGACAGCUAAAGAACCUUUCAAUUAUUUCCUUUUGCUUCGGGCUCUAUUCCGAUCGAUAGGUGGUGGAAGUCAUGAUUUACUUUAUCAAGAAUUUUUACCACUUCUUCCGAAUCUUCUGGAAGGAUUGAAUCGACUGCAAAGUGGUUUCCACAAACAACACAUGAAAGAUUUGUUUGUAGAGUUGUGUUUAACUGUUCCGGUGAGACUUUCGUCAUUAUUGCCAUAUUUACCCAUGUUAAUGGAUCCUCUCGUAUCGGCAUUAAAUGGAUCACAAAACCUUAUUAGUCAGGGACUCCGUACUUUGGAACUUUGUGUUGACAACUUGCAACCUGAUUUUCUGUACGAUCAUAUACAACCAGUUAGAGCUGAUUUGAUGCAGGCUCUUUGGCGAACAUUACGAAAUCAAGAUAGUGCAGCACUAGUAGCAUUCCGUGUCUUGGGCAAAUUCGGUGGAGGCAACAGAAAAAUGAUGAUCGAAGCUCAAAAGCUGGAGUACAAUGAUAAAGACACACCAACAUCAGCUAUAUUAGCAAAUUUCCAGGAUCAUCGAAAGCCUAUUGAUUUUCCUGUGGAUAAAGUAAUUGAGAUUGCAUUUAAUGCCUUGAAUCUUAAUGCCACAGAUUCAUUUUAUCGGAAGCAGAGUUGGGUUGUUAUAAGAUGUUUUCUUGCGGCUUCUAUAAGCUUGGACGAUGAUAAGCACACUCUUCAAAAACUUUUUAUGCACCCGAGCUUUGUCGAGGGAAACAUUAACGUUUUACCAACGUAUUAUAAAUCGGACGAGGUUCAAGCUCGCCAAACACAUCAAACUGCUUUGACAGGCAUGCUGGUGGCAGCCGCUACUAAGGAACUUAGAGAAUCAGUUUUGCCAUUUAUGGUAUCGGUUGUACGACAUUAUACAAUGGUGGCAAUAGCCCAGCAAGCUGGACCGUUUCCAUUCAAACAUAACUUCAGCAAUACGGGUCUUGAUCCGUUGGUACUUAUUGAUGCAUUAGCUGUGUGCAUGGGACAUGAAGAAAAAGAAUUGUGCAAACCCGGUCAACUUUGUAUUAGUUUAAUUCUCAAAACCACAACAAAUAUAAUGGGAAACAAGGAAAGAGCUUGCCGUUUACCACUCAUGCAAUACUUGGCCGAGCGGAUGGUUGCUUUGUGCUAUGAAAGACCAUGGUAUUCAAAAAUGGGCGGCUGUAUGGCAAUAGAAUGUCUCUAUCAACACAUGUCUCUCUGUUGGUUGUACCAAAAUUUGUUUGCCUUUUUGCGAGCCUUUAUCUUUGUUAUAAUGGACCUUGGUGGAGAAGUUUCAAGCGGUUCAAUAGAUAUGGCAAAAACAUAUCUAGAAAAUAUGCUUCGAAUAAGUAUGGUUCCUCUUGAUAAGGAUUAUAAAAACAAAGAGCUCGUAGCACUUCAAACAAAAACCAUGUACGAAGUUAUACAUGAGUUGGUUCGUCAAGUUACAAGUCCAAAUACCCUUGUUCGCGAACAAGCAAUGUCAUCCUUAAGGCUCAUAGCUGAAUUACAAAAGAAAACUAUCACUGAAGUUAUGGAUCCUCAUAGGGAAGUAUUGGUCGAUAUCAUCCCACCUCAAAAACAUUUUCUACGUCAUCAACCAGCAAGUGCUCAAAUAGGACUAAUGGAUGGCAAUACGUUUUGUACUACUCUUGAACCAAGACUAUUUACAAUAAAUCUUUUAAAUACUUACCAUAAAUUAUUUUUUGAUGAGCUUCUGAUUUUGAGUGAGGCAGAAGAUUCAAUUUUAACAAAACUUGACUGCUACAAGAAUGUCACAAACUUAAUUCCUCUGCGAAAAAGUGCUCUCCGGGCAUUGGCUGCGUGUCAUUAUAUAAACGAAAGCACAUACAGGGAAAAAAUCAUAAAUAUUUUAUUCAAAGUAAUGGAAAACAAUAAUACGGAACUACAAGAAGUUGCGUUUGAGUGUAUGCAAAAGUUCCUUUUAGUCUUUCAAAUUGAAAAGGAAAAGGUUCGUGCAGGGAUGCGACCUUUGCUGCUAACGCUGGGCGACCAUCGUAAUCUUAACCUGACCGCAACUAAACGUUUGUCAUACUUCACACAACUUUUCCCCUCAAUGUUUAAUGAAAAACUGAGUGAACAAAUUUUGCAACACUGCCAAGAAAUGAUUGAAAUAUCUGUGAAUGCAAAUAAGACAACAAAACAAGGUGGACAUUUUUUGGCUGCAUCGAAAGUUGAGGAAUACGAACAAAAGAUUGCAAUUCUAAUAGGAAUGUUUCAUCAAAUUUCGGCAGCUUCUCCAAAGUAUAUUGAGAGCUUGUGUCAACUGGUCCUUAAAACUGAAAAUAAUUUGAUGAUGGAAUCAUGUCCGUAUAGAAAACCUCUACUCAAGUUCUUACUUAGAUAUCCAAUGGAUACAGUAAAUCUGUUUUUAACAGACCUCAAUGUUGUCAAUCACCAGUGGAAUAGAUUUUUAAUAUAUCUCUUAAAACAUAAGGAUGGUUUACCGUUCCGGAAUGCGAUUCAGAGCAGUAAAUCAGUUCGUUUGAUGCAGAUGAUUAAUUGUAAUUGUCCAUCAUUUGCCCAUCUUAACGAUCAACAAAAAUAUGAAGUUUGUCAUCAAGGUGUUCUGAUUGUGUACACGCUAAUGGAACAGGACGACCAGUGGCUGCUUAUUCAAACGGAUAUUGUCACUGUAUUAAAAACCCUUUGGCAAACUAGUCUUUAUAAAACUUGUGAGACCAAUGUCGCUUGUGAUCUCUGGCAUCUGGUCGGCAAAAUCUUACUUUUUUACUUCUCACACAACACCAAUGAUAUUGAUUUACUAUUUCAAUUAUUGCGAGCAUUAUGUUUGCACUUCAUCCCAGAUUUUCAUUUUCUACGUGAUUUCCUUCAAAACACCGUAGCCCAGAGCUAUACUGUGUCAUGGAAACGGAAUGCAUUCUUUCAUUUUGUCGAAAACUUCAACAGCCCGCUUCUUUCUGAAAACCUGAAAGCUAAAAUUCUAACCGCUAUUCUAAUACCAUGCUUUGCUGUAAGCUUUGAAAAGGGGGAAGGCAACAAACUAAUUGGAGCACCACCGACACCAUACCAGGAAGAUGAUAAUAAUAUUGUCUCAGUGUUUAUAAGUAAAGUAUUUGAUCCAGAGAAACCAUUUGCCAAUGAUGAUGCUGUGCGUAUUGCUUUGCUGCAAUUUGCAUGCUUAUUGGUGGAUAAAGCUUCACCCCAUAUUCACGAUGGAGAUGCAAACAAUAAAAGACAAAGCAAUAAACUCAGACGACUUAUGACAUUUGCUUGGCCGUGUCUCUUGAGUAAAAAUUGUGUUGACCCUACUGCACGUUAUCACGGCCAUUUACUGUUGGCACAUAUUAUAGCUCGUUUGGCUAUUCAUAAAAAAAUAGUUUUGCAAGUGUUUCAUUCACUGCUCAAAGGGCACGCACUAGAAGCUCGUCCGGUUGUUCGUCAGGCUCUUGAAGUGCUCACGCCUGCAAUGCCUUUAAGGAUGGAAGAUGGUAACACUAUGCUUACGCACUGGACAAAGAAAAUUAUUGUAGAGGAAGGUCAUUCCAUGCAACAGCUCUUUCAUAUUUUACAAUUGAUAGUGCGUCAUUACAAGGUUUACUAUCCAGUACGGCAUCAUCUCGUUCAGCAUAUGAUUAACUACAUGCAACGAUUAGGUUUUCCGCCUAACGCUUCAUUGGAUAACAGGAAGCUCUCAGUUGAACUAGCUGAAACAAUAAUCAGAUGGGAGCUACAACGAAUUAAGGAAGGAACUAGUAGUGAAAGUGAUACCAAUGUGGACGAAGACCAAACGUCGAAUUCUGGACAUAAGAGAGCAUCUGUGGAUGAUCCCAAUGAGGUUCGCAAAAAGUUUGCAGGCGGUGAAAAUGUUCCAGUACAGCAGCCAAUGCCAACUACAUCGGCUGCAGCGCAACAUCAAAAAGUCGAUGAAAUAGAACGACCUAUCGACAAAUUACAGUGUGAUAACGUACUUAACUUCCUUAUUAGAUUAGCUUGUCAAGUCAAUGACUUACAAUCGACACCAGGAGUCGUUUCACCCGGAGAAACUCUUUCGCGACGAUGUGUAAUGCUGCUAAAAACGGCAAUUCGUCCAGAAGUUUGGCUUCAACCGUUCGAUCUUAAGCUGACGUGGCUGGAUAAGGUGUUUGCGUCUGUAGAGACACCACAAGCUAAUUUAGGAAAUAUUUCAACUGGACUUGAGCUUUUAACUUUCUUCAUGACUGUGUUGCGUAAAGAGUACAUAUUGGCAAUUAUAAGGCCUAUUCAACGUGGUCUUUCGGCAUGUGUAACAAAUCAAAAUACGCGCAUAAUACGCUUAAUGCAUGCACUUAUGUCACGUCUAAUGUCCCUCUAUCCAGCCGACACUCAACAUAAACAUGAAGAUCUUGAAAUUCUCUAUACAACUGUAAGUUCCAUGAUCACUGAGUCUUUUACUUUAUACGAAAAGAGUCAACAAUCAACAUCAUCGUCACUUUUUGGAGCCCUAAUGAUAUUAAAAGCUUGUUGUAAUAAUAAUCCCAGUUACAUAGAUCGAAUUAUGUUGCAAUUUAUGAGAGUUCUAAAUAGACUGACCAAAGAUCACAUGACAAUUCCCAACACAGGUCCUAAUGCUCAGCAACCUGUCGAAAGUGGUUCCUUGUCAGUUGAAUUGCUAAUUUUAUCUCUGGAUUUGAUCAAGAAUCGAAUUGCUGUUAUGGGAAUCGAAAUACGUAAACUUUUCAUAGGUGGAAUACUUGUGGGAUUGAUCGAGAAAAGCAACGACCCCAAGAUACUCAAGUGCAUAAUUAAAAUGAUUGAAGAUUGGAUGAAAUACAAAACACAAACACUACCAAUAACUCAAACUCCAUCGAUUCGAGAGAAGUCAAUUCUACUGGUUAAGCUGAUGCAAUAUGUAGAAAAGAGAUUUGCCGAUGACUUGGAGCUGAAUGCACAAUUUCUUGAAUUAAUCAACUACAUGUAUCGAGAUGAUUAUCUUAAACAAACAGAAUUGACCAGUAAGCUAGAAGUUGCCUUUCUAUCUGGGCUAAGAUGUACUCAGCCAAGUAUUCGGGCUAAAUUUUUUGAAAUUUUUGAUGGUUCCAUGAGGCGCCGUCUACAUGACCGUCUUCUUUAUAUUAUUUGCUCUCAAGCCUGGGAUUCAAUAGGACCACAUUAUUGGAUAAAACAAUGUAUAGAGUUAUUGAUACUAACAGCAAAUACGAAUACUCAAAUCCAAAACUCUAAUGAGAAUCAUUUGAUCCCUAGUAUUUGUUCUGUUAUUAACCUCGCAGACACAGAAGAAAAGAAGCACUUUGUUAUAUACACUCCACUUCAAAUUGAUCCAGUAGAAAAAACAUCAAUGUUUGAAGAAAAAGAUGACUUUUUUGACAUGGACAUGGGUGCAGAGUCAAACGUUUAUAGGCAUGAAGAUUCAGAAAAUGCAGUUCCUAAUCGACAAGUUUCGUUGAUAGAACUAAUCUCAAAGCAAUCAGAAUUCCUCGAUAUUAACCGACAAGUGCGUACAGAACAUUUGCUGGCAGCAACCUCCCAGCUCUGUCACAUGGAUACACAACUAGCUGAAAAAAUGUGGCUUACAGUCUUUCCCAGGCUAUGGUCAAUGCUCGACGAAGAUCAGCAGCAGGCCAUUAUGAGAGAAUUGAUUCCAUUUUUGUCGUCUGGAUCACACGUUAUCCAAAAAGACUGCCAUCCCAGUGCCUUGAACACUUUUGUGGAGGCUGUCAUACACUGCAAACCUCCUAUUUAUAUACCGCCUAGCUUGCUCGCUUAUUUGGGUAAAGCGCACAACUUAUGGCAUCGAAUGUCAUUGAUCCUUGAAGACAUGGCUACCGAUUGGCAAUCUAAGAAGGAUAAAUAUCAAGAAAAUUCUGACAUUGAUCUAAGUGAAUAUGAUUUGACUGAGAAUAGUCAGUCUAAUAUUUGUGACUCAUUGUCUCAAAUGUACUCGGCACUUCAUGAGGAAGAUCUGUGGGCAGGUCUUUGGCUUAAGUAUGCCAAGUAUCCAGAGACAAACACUGCUAUCGCCUACGAACAAAUGGGAUUUUUUGAAGAAGCACAAAGCGCAUACGAUUUAGCAAUGUGCAAGUUCAAACAAGAAGCUCCAAAUGGACCCGUUGCUUUGGAGAUGAACAGUGAGUUGGUUUUGUGGGAAAACCAUUGGAUUCGUUGUGCCAAAGAACUAAAUCAGUGGGAUAUUCUUUUAGACUAUGCCCAAUCCAAUAAGGAUAAAAAACCACUACUCAUUAUGGAAAGUGCGUGGCGAGUGCCCAAUUGGACGCUCAUGAAACAAGCUUUAAACAAGGUUGAACAAAUAAAUCCCAAGCAAUAUGGCUACAAGGUUAAUUUGUACAAAGGCUUUUUGGCGAUAUUAAACCAGGAGGAACAACAGCUUUCGAAUGUAGAACGUCACGUCGAAGUUGCUUCUGGCAUGUGUAUGAGAGAAUGGAGGAGACUUCCGCAAAUUGUCUCACACAUACAUUUGCAGUACCUUCAAACAGCUCAACAGAUAAUGGAACUACAGGAAGCUUGUCAAAUUCAUCAAGGUCUAAUGCAAAGCCAAGGUCGUAACUCUUCACUGCAUGAUAUGAAGGCCAUAGUAAAGACAUGGCGUAACCGGUUACCAGUGAUUGCCGAUGAUCUUUCUCACUGGAGUGACAUUUUCACAUGGCGUCAGCAUCAUUAUCAAAUAAUUACUCAACACUUGGAGCAGCAGACAGAUCAAGGAAAUACUAUGUUAGGAGUGCAUGCUUCAGCUCAGGCAAUUAUUUAUUUCGGAAAAAUUGCCAGGAAACACAAUCUAACAAGCGUGUGUCAGGAGUCACUUUCAAGAAUUUACACUAUUCCAUCAGUUCCGAUUGUGGACUGCUUCCAGAAAAUUCGACAGCAAGUAAAAUGCAACAUACAAAUGGCUUCGGUUGGUCGACGUGCAGAACUCAAUGAAGCCUUGGAAGUCAUUGAAUCUACCAAUCUUAAAUACUUUAGUCCUGAAAAUAAUGCUGAGUUAUACGCUCUUAAGGGAUUGCUUUUAGCUCAAAUUGGCCGCUCUGAUGAAGCUAAUAAAGCUUUUAGUGCAGCAGCUAAGCUGCACGAUGGUCUGACCAAAGCAUGGGCCUUGUGGGGUGAUUACCUGGAGCAAAUAUUUACUUCAAAGCCAAGACAGAUGAUGAUUGGUGUGAGUGCGAUAACAUGUUUUUUGCAUGCGUGUCGGCAUCAAAAUGAAAACAAAACAAGAAAGUACUUGGCUAAAGUGUUGUGGCUUUUGUCAUACGAUGAUUCCAAAGCAUCCUUGAUGGACGCCUUGGAAAAAUAUGUAGUUGGAGUUCCACCAUUGCAUUGGUUACCUUGGAUUCCACAAUUAUUAUGUUGUUUAGUGCAAUAUGAAGGAAAGGUCAUUUUGAAUCUCUUGAGUCAUGUUGGUCGAAUGUACCCACAAGCAGUUUAUUUCCCAAUCAGAACGCUUUUCCUGACGAUGAAAAUUGAACAAAGGGAAAGGCAUAAAGCAACAGAACAAGCUAAUAAAAUGCAGAGCUACCAACAACAAGCUGAUGAGCAAUCUGGCGAAAAAACAAAUACGUCCCAAAAUACUCAGCAAACUAUUAAAGCAACAUCCUCAAUGUGGCGAUGUUCGAAAGUAAUGCACGUUCAACGAGAAAUUCAUCCAACAAUUUUGAGUUCAAUUGAAGGAAUUGUUGACCAAAUGGUUUGGUUCCGGGAGAGUUGGACAGAGGAAGUGCUACGUCAGUUGCGACAGGGUCUCAUCAAAUGUUAUGCAAUAGCCUUUGAGAACAAAAGUGCAGUUAACAAGGCUACUAUCACCCCACAUACACUUCAUUUUGUAAAAAAACUCGUAUCAACAUUCGGAAUUGGAAUUGAAAAUAUAUCAGGAUCACUUGCAUCGUCUUCCACUAAUUCAGCGGCAUCAGAAUCAUUUGCCCGAAGAACAGAAACAACAUUCCAAGAUCCUUACUUUCAAAUAAUGAAAGGUCAAUUCACAAAAGAUUUUGAUUUCUCACAACCGGGAGCUAUGAAGUUGCACUAUCUAAUAACAAAGCUCCGUAAAUGGAUAAAGAUUUUAGAAACCAAAGUCAAAAAACUACCAACCUCGUUCCUAAUAGAAGAGCGAUGUAGGUUCCUUUCAAACUUUAGCCAAAAAACAGCUGAAGUCGAGCUACCAGGUGAAUUGCUUUUACCCGGCCCAUCACACUAUCAUAUACGAAUUGCGAGAUUUAUGCCUCGGGUGGAUAUCGUUCAGAAGAAUAAUACAGCAGCUAGACGCUUGUACAUACGGGGUACCAAUGGUAAAAUAUAUCCGUACUUAGUUGUUAUUGAAUCAGGCUUGGGCGAUGCUCGGAGAGAAGAGCGUGUGUUGCAGUUGUUACGAAUGCUCAAUCAGUACUUAGAUAAACAAAAAGAGACGUCAAGGCGCUUCCUUCACAUAACCGUUCCACGAGUUGUGCCGAUAUCAGCACAGAUGCGAUUAGCUCAGGACAAUCCGGCCAGUAUUUCAUUACGAGAAAUUUACAAAAUGGGAUGUAGUAAAUUGGGAAUUGAACACGAAACACCUAUUGUCCGAUAUUAUGAUAGGCUUGCCGAAGUUCAAGCCAGGGGCACACAAACCACUCAUACAGUUCUAAGAGAUAUCUUACGUGAAGUACAAGCAACAAUGGUUCCAAAAACUAUGCUAAUGAACUGGGCCGUCAAAAAUUUCCAAUCAGCAACACACUACUGGCAGUUUAGGAAAAUGUUCACACUUCAACUAUCGCUUGCAUUCUUGUGCGAAUAUGCUUUCCAUCUUACUCGUCUGAACGCCGACAUGAUGUACUUGCACCAAGACUCUGGCCUGAUGAAUAUAUCUUAUUACAAAUUUGAUGUAGACGACGGAACGGGUGACCUAGAUGCAAACCGGCCAGUUCCAUUUAGACUCACACCCAAUAUAACUGAAUUCUUAACAAAAAUUGGAAUUUCUGGACCUCUGUCAGCAUCUAUAGUAGCAACAGCCCGUUGCUUUGUUCAACCAAAUUUCAAAUUAACAUCUAUAUUGCAAGCGAUACUACUUGAUGAAAUAAUAGGGGAGCAAAAAAAGCGUAUCAAAGAUGAAAGAACAAUUUUCGAUCCAAAUGGUGAAAUUUCCCUAGAUUCAGUACAAAAAAUUGAUAUGGAAAAUAUCAUACGAAUAGUUAACAAAGUAGUUGCUGCUGUUAUGCUGCGACUAAAUGAUGUUGCGAAUUUCGAGAAAGCUGAUUUAAGCAAAAUAAACUCACUUUUGCAAUCCGCAUCGAAUCCUGAUAACUUGUGCCGAAUGGAUCCAGCUUGGCAUCCAUGGUUGUAAAUUUAAAAUAUAAUAAAUAAUGUUUGAAAAUAAAUAAGUUAUUAUUUUAUCUUCUAAAUUUAUUAUUUAAUUUAAGUAUGUAGUUUUAUGAAUGUAAAUAUCUUAUCUUUCUUAAUAAAAAGUUUUAAAACCGAAAA